UCUUUUAAACUGCAGCUUCUCUUCCAUCACUGCUGAAGCGUUGGCUGUCAGAGUCAUGACUCCAGCUCUGCUCUUCAUCCUCAUCUUCGCAGUGGCGGAUGUCACUUUGAAUGCACCGGUUGACGAUUAUGAAAGUGAUUAUCCUGAAAUCGUUCCAAGACCCAAAGCUGACUUGAAAACAGCUGUGCUGCAGGGUGACAUCGCCGUGCCGAACACUUUGAGCAGGAAUGCAGAUAAAUGCACCGACACAGGCUGCAAGUGGCCAAAAUCAGGACGCUACGUUUACGUGCCGUAUUACAUCUCUGAAACUUUCUCUCAGGAGGAGCGUGACGUCAUCAUCAGAGGACUGCAGGGCUUCAACCAAUCCACCUGCAUCCGCCUCGUCCCGUGGAAACCCGGGGAUCGUGAUCACAUCUACAUCGAGUCAAAGGAUGGGUGCUGGUCCUAUGUGGGCCGUCGGGAUGGGGGACAGUACUUGUCCCUGGAGAAACCAGGCUGCGUGCACAACAGUGUUGUACAGCAUGAGAUUCUUCAUGCUCUUGGCUUCAACCAUGAGCAGGUCCGGUCCGACCGAGACAAAUACGUCAGGAUCCUCUUUGACAACAUCGAACCCAAUUUUAAAUUUGCUUUUGAAAAGAAGCAGACGAACAACUUGGGGACUCCUUAUGACUUCACUUCUGUCAUGGAGUACAGGAAUGACGCCUUCUCUAAAAAUGGAAAACCAACCAUCGUUGCCAGGUGUAAUCCAAACCUUAAAUUUGGAAACUCAAAGGAAAUGAGUGCCAAUGACAUCAUCCGCAUUAACCUACUCUAUGGAUGCACUGGAUAUUCUGGGCUGAAGAAGUCGGCCUCCAGGCCCAAACGUCCUAAAAAUCAACAACUUCCCUUCUAGACGACAUAAACGACAUGCAAUCAGAGAAAUAUGUCACAUUUACCCUGGU